AUGUCGAUCGGACCCGAGCUGAUCUCCGCUUCCGCACCCACCCUCUCAGCCUCAUGCAUCAUCCAAUCGUCCGCGAUGAUCCCCGUGAUGGAUCUCAUCCCCUCCCUGAGGACGUACGAGGUCAUCGAGCCGUCGGAGAUCCGCGGACUGGUCUUCGACGACCCCGAUUCGACCCGGGUGCAUCCCAGGGAGAUGACCGUCGCGCUCCAAGCCUUCGGGGUCAAGUACGAACUCCAGCUGGAGCGAGUGGACGACCUGUUCGGCGCGGAAUACGGGCACUACUCCUGGGACGUCGACGCCGCGCGCGUGGUUCCCCCCGCGAACCACGACGACGACGACGACGACGACGCGCGCCGAUCGAUCCGUCGCGAUCACUGCCACUACCGCGGCGUCGUGCGCUCCGCCGUGCCCGUCGGCGCGGACGUCGGAGACGCCUCGCUGGACCGCCGCUCCUUCCACGAGGCGUUCGCCCCGACGCACACGCGAGUCCGCGCGUCCCUCUGCGACGGCAUCACCGCGCGGAUCGUCGCCGACGACGUCGUGAUCCACCUCGAACCCGCGCACAGGCACGUCGCCGGGUACCCGAUGCGUUCGGACGACCCGAAGACCUCGCCGGUGGUGGCGUACCGGGACGCGGACGUUCGGGAUGACGCGCCCCGCGGGAUGACGCGUUACGCGCCGCGACCGCGGAUGACGACGGUGGAGUUGGACGGCCCCGGGGGCGGCGCGGGGGUCGACGGGGCGACGACGCCCGGUGACGGCGACAAGCCGGGGAGACGACCGGGAACCGGAAUCGACGACGGGAUGACCUUCGAAGGGAUGACCUUCGACGACGGCGGCGUCGGCGAUGGGAUGACCUUCGACGACGUCGUCGACGGCGGCGUCGGCGGCGGCGGCGGUCGGGGUUCGAGGCGGCGCGCGCUCGAUUCGUCGCUCCCGAAUCGAUACCUCGAGCUGAUUGUCGUCAACGAUAAGACCCGUUGCGACGCGUUCGCCGCGAUCGACGGCUCGAUCACCUCCGCGGAGCUGGACGCCAUGCACGCGGACAGCAUCGCCGUCGUGAACCAAGUCGCCGGAUACUACGACACGAUCGGCACCGUGAACAUGGAGAUUGUCCUCGUCGCGCAGGUGGACUGGUGCACCGGCGAUCCGUACACGAUCACCGCGGAAUCCAACGGCGAACGCGACGCGGAUACACUGCUCGGCAAGUUCCAAGCUUGGCACGGUGCCAACCUCGCGUCGCUGCCCAGCAACGACGACGCGCACCUCUUCAGCGGCUACGACUUCAAGGGGAACACGAUUGGUUUGGCCGGGUUGAACACCAUCUGCAGCAACCGGGAGUACUGCGGCUACAAGUACAACUGCCCGCCGGUCAAAGCCGCGUGCGACGAGCUCGGCGAUAAUCAAUGCCUCACGAUCAGCGGCGUCCAGAGGUGCUGCUACGCCUACCAACAGGCCUCCAUAUCGGAGGUGAACACGGUUAGGGGCACGGCAGCUUCCGCCGUGGUCGUCGCGCACGAGAUUGGCCACCAGAUGAACUUCAACCACGACGGCUUGUCGUCCGAUUCCGUCGCGGCUUCCUGCGCGGAGAGCGGCUACAUCAUGGGCGCGGUGAGCGCGGGCGGCGAGAGCGACUGGUCCGAUUGCACCAAGACCAAGUUCAAGAACGUCAUCUUCGACGACGUCCACGCGUGUCUCAACACGGGCGUGACGACAAAGUGCGGCAACGGGAUCGUCGAAGCCGGCGAGCAGUGCGACUGCGGCGCGUCGGAUUGCACCGGGAAGGACGCCUGCUGCGACGGCGCGACGUGCCAGCUCACCGCCGGGUCCGAGUGCUCCGCGACGGACGGCUGCUGCUCGAGCUGCAAGGUGGCCGCCGCCGGCGUCGUGUGCAGAGCCGCCGCAAAUUCCUACUGCGACGUGGCGGAAACCUGCGACGGAAGCGGAUCCAAGUGCCCCGCCGACGUCGGGAAGCCCCUGGGAACCGCGUGCGAGGACGCCAACGGCGAUAAGGGCGCGUGCUGGGGAACGAAGUGCUCCAACCUUCAGCACACGUGCGACACGAUGGAUACGAGCAGUCAAAACUUUGGGGGGGGGAAAUCGGCGUCGUCGUUGUGCGGCUACUCGAGACCGGACGGGAAGGCGUACGCGGGUCCGUUCACCGCGGAUUACUGCACGAUGGACGUCUUGUGCUUCCCCGGCGGCGACGAGGCGACUUGUGCGCUCAGUUACUACACCCUCACCAACCAUCGGAUGAUGACGGGGUUCCCAUGCGGCGAUCCCGUGGACGGUGUGUACUCUAAGGUUUGCGACGGGGGAACAAAGCCGGGCUACAACGGUGGCGGCGGCUCGUGCGUCACCGUGGCGUCGAUGACCCCGCCGCCGCCUCCGUUUCCGCCGCCGUCGCCGCCGCCGCCGGCGUCCACGUCGUCGUCGCCGUCGCCGCCGCCGCCGCCGGCGCCCCCGCCGCCGUCGCCGCCCCCCGCCCCUCCCCUGUCGACGGCCGUGAACCUCAAGCUCGGCGGCAUGACCACGUACGACGCCAACAUCGAGGCCAAGAUCGUGAGCGCGUUCGUCGCCGCCCUACCCACGGCGGCGUCGGGCGCCACCGUGGUCGUCCGCUCCAGGUCCUUCUCCCUCAAGUCCCACAUGACCUUUGCCGGGUUCACCGUCGAUACCUUCCCGGACGCCACGUUCAAGUCCAAGUGCGCCGCCGACCUGGGCGUCGCGGACGGGUCCGUGACGAUCACGGCGAAGACGGCGACGAGCGGCGCCCGGCGAAGGCACACGCGAAGGAGCAUGCUCGCCGCCGGCGUCAAGGCUGAUUACGACGUCGCCAACGCGGGUCUCUCGUUUUCCGCCGCCUCGGUCAUCGGCGGUCGUACCACGUCCGCCGGAGCGUUCACGGCGCUCGCCGCGGCGAUGGGCGUCUCGCCGACGGUCGCCACGGAGGCGCCAAAGUACGGCGUGAAGCUGGAGAUGCAGGCGACGGGGGCAGACGCGGGGGCCGUGGCGGCGAUGGACGCGGCGCUCACCGACCCGGGCUUUAAGGAUUCGCUCGGGAAGGAGCUGACGGGCAAGGGCGUCGGGGCGGAGGUGGAGAGCGUGAGUUCGACCGCGAGCCCGCCGCCGGCGUCGUCGUCGGAUGACGACGACGCGAUGACCAUCGUUUACGUGGUGGUCGCGGUCGCCGCGGUCGCGCUCACCGCCGCGACGGUUUUCGCGCUGGGGAAGUUGGGGGUGCUCAAGCUCGGGAAGUUCGGCGGCGCCAAGGUUCAGCCCGAGGGGGGCGCGACGGAGGCGCCGAAGAAGGCUUCGAGCGCGAGCAAGGUGGCGCCGAGCCCGUGA